AUGCGCCCGACUUCCGUCCUGUGGCUCGCGGCCGUCGCUGCAGUGGUUCUCUCGUCCACCGUUACUGCCCAGCAGCAACAACAGCUCCCCGCGGGGCUUGAAGACUAUGUCAAGCAGCAGCUCGAGCAAGCCAUUUCCCAAGACGUAGCCCAGGAAGUUGCGCGGGCCGUCGCUGAGCGUGUGGCGCUGGAGCAGCGCAACCGCCUGUACGGCACGACGUCGCCGCCACCGACGUCGUUGACGCCGACGACGACAGCCCCGACGUCCAGUAACAGCCAACCAGUCCUUGGCUCGCCGGCGCCCGCCGGCGCGACGCAAAUCCAAGGCGAGCUUCGCGCAAUCGCUCAAGAGCGCGCCGAGCUCCAGAGAGAGCAAGAGACGCUCAACAAGGAGCGCAUUGCGCUCAACGAGGUCAUCGUGCAGUUGCAAAACCAGUCGACGGCCCCGGCGACAAUCGCACCGGUGGCAACCAACACGUCGGCGCCGGUGACCGUCUCGGUGGCGUCGACGGCCGACGGCAUCACCACGGACGACGACGCCGGUGCGCCGUGGGGCAUCAUUGGCGUCUGCGUCGGUCUCGUGGCCGCCGUCGCACUCGUCGUCGUCGGCGUCAAGAAGCGCAACGCGAUGAGCGACGGUCUUGAAACGCCGGCCGAGUACGCAUCGGGCUUCCACACGGCCGAGGCCGCCAGUGCGAGAGAGAGCAAGUGGGACUCGUACGAAGUCGUGACUCCUCUCGACAUGGCCGGCGUGCCGCCCGAAGAUCCGAUUCUCGACGACACUACCGAUGCGACGGCGGACGUCGAGGCGCCAACGCAGCUGAACGUGCGUGGUCGUGAAGCGGUGCUCUAA